GUUUAUUAAAUUCAUUAAUUCAUUAUAAACACUUAACAUUCCAUUCAAAUCAUUCGAAAAAUCGCCGAUGCCCGAUGAACUAUAGUUUUUCACAUCCCUAAUCGAUAAGCAAAAGAGCGCGAUUUGUUCGGAAUUGUAUUAUUAUUGCAAAAUACAGAAUGGAAAUGGAAACAGAUUAUGACAACAUACGCGUGCCUUGGGUGGAAAAGUACAGGCCCAAAAUUUUGGAGGAUUUGAUUUCCCACGAGGAAAUUAUAUCAACAAUUAAUCGUUUCAUCGGCAACAAGCAGCUUCCCCACUUGCUCUUUUACGGGCCGCCAGGAACUGGCAAAACUACUACUAUACAUGCAUGUGCGCGGCAGCUAUAUACACCAGCCCAGUUUAAAUCUAUGGUGUUGGAGCUGAAUGCAUCUGAUGAUCGUGGUAUUGGUAUAGUGCGGGGCCAAAUACUAAAUUUUGCUUCGACGAGGACAAUAUUUUGUGGAACUUUUAAGCUUAUCAUCCUUGACGAAGCAGACGCCAUGACCAACGAUGCUCAGAAUGCGUUACGAAGGAUCAUCGAAAAGUACACAGAGAAUGUGCGUUUCUGUGUAAUCUGCAACUACUUAAGCAAGAUAAUACCUGCUUUGCAAUCUCGCUGCACUCGCUUUCGGUUCGCACCGCUGUCGCCAGAACAAAUGUUGCCGCGCCUGGAUAGAAUUAUUAAAGAAGAAGCGGUUAAAAUUACAGAAGAUGGAAAGAAGGCGUUGUUGACUCUAGCAAAGGGCGAUAUGCGAAAAGUCUUAAACGUGUUGCAGAGUACUGUCAUGGCUUUCGACUUGGUAAAUGAGGAUAAUGUAUACAUGUGUGUUGGAUAUCCGUUGCGGUCUGAUAUAGAAACAAUUCUACAAACACUGCUCUCGACGCGCACCUUCGUUACAGCAUUCGAUACAAUUGAGAAGGCUAAAUCUAAACGAGGCCUGGCAUUGGAAGACAUUCUCACAGAGUUGCACCUUUUUGUAAUGAGACUCGAAUUGCCAAUGUCCGUAAUGAAUAAAUUAAUAAUCAAGCUGGCACAAAUUGAAGAGCGUUUAACAAAAGGCUGCACUGAAGGGGCACAAACAGCAGCCCUAGUUUCUGCAUUCUUCAUAUGUCGCGAUAUGAUUUCGCUGGAAAGCUAAGUUACUAUAUCAGUGUACAAUAACAAAAAUAAAUUCAUACCUACUCUAA